AUGGGAGCUACUGGAACAAUUUCCCAAAGCGACUUGGCUACAUCGAACGAGAAUUCUGGAACGAAACCGGUCCGUAUGCCAAUAAAGCCUGGGGCAAUGCCAGCUUCGAUGCAUGGCUGUGUCAGAAGUCGCGCAAGGAACGUGAGAGCAUUGCCAUCGGCUGGCUCUUUUUUGGAACGCUGGCGGAAGUUGCUAGCUGUCAUUUGGACAUCAAAAAACUAUCUCAGAGUCACAGAUAAGGGCCAAUCUGUUCUGCAGAUGACGGAAAAUUCGAUGAACGCUCUUCUCGAGCGCUGGGUCACUAUUCAGACUCAUUUCAAAGGGUCCAAGUAUGUCCGCGGUGUCCCCGAGCCAGAUCGUGGCGUCAUAAUGUACGAGAAGGCAAGACUUGCGAAUGAAGAUAAUAUUUGGAACACCUUCAGGACACCAGUAAAACCUGGAAGUAAGCCAACGGCGAAACUGAAUGCCCAAGGAAAGUCACCGCAGUUUGAACGAGCUCACUCAUGUCUCCGGAAGUCUAAAGCAAUCAUUGGACUGCUCUGUGAGGCAAUCGAUACCAAAACAGUGUUCGUCAUUGCCACUUUACAUCAAUUUUUUGCAGAGGCGUUGACGACGGUGGUAUUCCACGGAGAGGUGGCAACAGCGUAUGACAUGAGUGGAAAAGAUUCAUUAGGCAGAUGGGCUGUGGGAGCUGACUUUUGCCACUUCAAUCAGGAUGCGGUGCGCAAAUUGGGUGGUGUCCACGAACAGCCCAGUACUUUUGGAAUGAUAACAGCCGUACCUUGGCAUUUGAUUACUUCGCGACCAGUCUCAAGUCAUACCAGAGCUCGGAAGAUCAUUCAAGCUGUACAGAAGAUGUGUGCUCGGCCUAUCAACUGGACCCCGACAAGUACAAAGUAA